CCUAUCACUUCAUUACCUAACAUAUUACACUGAAAGUUGCUUAACUGGAAGAAAUUUGUACGAGCAGAAAGUUUGGAUUUAUUGCUUAAUUCUCCAUCUUCAGGUAUGAAAAAAUGUUGGCUGUUUUUGGAGGGCAUGUGCCAAAUGAGCUGAAAUCAGUGGAGCUACUCCAGGGGAGAAUUUGGAUCACUGCAUGUUGGACUUUCAAAGAAAAACUGCAGAAAUCACAAGACUGCUUGAGGCAGAGACCUCAUGCGAGUCAUAUGAACUGUUAUUACAGACAGAGGGAUGAGGAGGAGCAACGGAGGAAAAAAGAGAUACAUUUUAAUUGAAACAGGACAACAUGGGAGACAUGUUGUGUGUAAGUGCUGUCAGACCAGGAUGCUGCAGCUGCCGUUCAGAGAGAAGGGGUUCCCAACAUAUCCAAGGCCUUCAGCGCAUGGAAGCAGCAUCUACAGCAGAGCUGUCAGAUGUAACCAGAGCACCCCUUCCUCUACCCUCACUGCAGCCGCCGCAGCUCCACACCCUCCAGAGAUGGAGGUGCAGGACACAGAGGCCUUGGAGUUACGCUGAUCCUUUCCAGGAGCAGGAUGUUGUGGAGAGGUUCAAAUGGCAGAGAGAAGGCAUCUCGUUUGGAGCGACCACAUCCUAUGUACAUCUAGAGAAGCUGUGUGAAGGAUCCUGUGCAACUGUGUACAAGGGGAUCAGCAGGAUCAAUGGCCGGUUGGUGGCGUUGAAAGUGAUCAGGCUGGAGGCACAGGAGGGAGUGCCCUUUACAGCCAUUCGGGAAGCUUCUCUUCUCAAGUGUUUGAAACAUGCCAACAUUGUAUUGCUUCAUGACAUUAUCCCGACCAAGGAGACACUAACAUUUGUCUUUGAGUACAUGCACACAGAUCUAGCACAGUACAUGGGCCAGCAUCCUGGAGGACUUCAUUCGUGCAAUGUUAUGCUCUUCAUGUUCCAGCUUUUGCGCGGCCUGGCUUACAUCCACCAACAACACAUUCUUCACCGAGAUCUGAAACCCCAGAACUUGCUCAUCAGUUGCCUUGGUGAGCUCAAAUUAGCUGACUUUGGCCUUGCUCGUGCCAAGUCCAUCCCCAGACAGACAUACUCCUCUGAAGUUGUGACACUCUGGUACCGUCCUCCUGAUGUGUUGCUUGGAGCUACACAUUAUUCUUCUGAUCUAGAUAUCUGGAGUGCAGGCUGUAUAUUUGUUGAAAUGAUCCAGGGCCAGCCAAUAUUUGCAGGAACUUCUGGUACUCAUGAACAGCUGGUGAAGAUCUGGGCGGUAUUGGGGGUCCCAACUGAGGACACCUGGCCAGGACUUUCCAAGCUCCCCAACUAUAACCCAGAACUGGUUGCUUCCAGGAGACCUCAGAGACUCCGAGUCAUCUGUGACAGGCUGAGCAGGGUGCCAGCAGCAGAGGAUUUGGCCUCCAGGAUGCUUACAGCCUUCCCUCGAGGCCGGAUCUCUGCGCAAGAUGCGCUUCUUCAUGACUUCUUCAGCCUUCUGCCUCCUCAGCUCUACCAGGUUCCUACUGGACAAUCAGUGCUCACAGUUCCAGGAGUGAGACUGCAACCUGAAAUCUGUGACCUGUUUGCUUCUUACCGAAAAGGUCAUCUCUCAGGAGGUUCAAGCAAGUUUUGGUAG